CAGUAACAUGAUUGCCAAGCUUGCUAAAAUCUGCACCCUCCGCAUCCGCCCAGAUAAAUUGAACUUCAUCCUCUCAGACAAGCUGGCCAGUGGAGGGGUGAGCAUGUGGUGUGAGCUAGAGCAGGAGAACUUUUUUAGCGAAUUUCAAAUGGAAGGUGUCUCGGCAGACAACAAUGAGAUUUAUUUAGAACUAACGUCGGAAAACUUAUCUCGAGCCUUGAAGACUGUACAGAAUGCUAGAACCUUGAAAAUCAAGUUAACCAAUAAAUACUUUCCCUGCCUUACUGUCUCUGUAGAGCUGCAGUUGUCUGCAUCAAGCAGCAAUCGAAUCGUGACACAUGACAUCCCCAUAAACAUUAUUCCUAGAAAAUUGUGGAAGGACCUACAAGAACCUUUGGUUCCGGACUCUGAUGUUAGUAUUUAUUUGCCAGUUUUGAAGACUAUGAAGAAUAUUGUGGAAAAAAUGAAAAAUAUCAGCAAUCACCUUGUUAUUGAAGCAAACCUAAAUGGAGAAUUGAACUUGAAGAUAGAAACUGAAUUAGUAUGUGUUACCACUCAUUUUAAGGGUCUUGGAAACCCUCCAUUAGCCUCUCAGAGUUGUAGAGACAGAAGCCCCGGGGAGCUGACUGAGGUGCACAUAGAAAUCAAGAAGCUCCUACAGUUUCUUGCAGGACAGCAAGUGAACCCUACCAAGGCCGUAUGCAAUCUUGUGAAGAACAGGAUUGUUUACUUCGAUUUGCUUCAUGAAGAUGUCUCCCUGCAGUACUUCAUCCCAGCCUUGUCCUAGCACCAUAGCACCGGACUUGGAAAGGCAAAGCAGAGAUGGUGCCCUGACCAGUCUGAUGGUUGUCUGGUCUCACAGCGCCACAGAGCCUUGUACCCUGCUUCUUUCUCCUCCUAUAAUAGUUAAGUAAAAGUUAGGGAAACAAUUUGGGUAAACCUGUUACUUCGUAUCAUUUGUGUCUGGGUUUUGUUUUGGGUUUAAUCUGCUUUUAAGACACUGAGAAGAACUUUGGAAUUCUUUUUCUUUUGUUUUUGUUUUUCUUUUGUUUCUGUGACACUGAGUAUUAAUCAGGUCCUGUGCAUUCUACCACUGAGCUGCUUCCCCAGACAUCUGGACUUUAGAUAGCAAGUUCUUACUGAAAAUGUAAAAAUCCUCACUUGUGAAUUGGUAUUCCAGUCAGAGUUUGCAGGUCAGUACUUGUUACUUCCCCCAGGCUCAGCCUCCAGCUCAGUGCUUGGUGCCUAACAGCUCUCAGCUGUGAGCAUGCACGCCUCUCCUUGCUCCUACCUCUGAUAGCAGCCUUGAACACCAGAGCCCUGAGAGAUAAGGGCCGAAGAAUCUGGCAAAUCUGUUUGAUUUGCCAGACACAAGUGCCUAGAGAGCCCACCCAGCUGGGGGGGAGCUCGUCCUGCUGCUCCUCCCACAGUCUCCCUGCUUACAAGUCCAGGUUACAAGUCUUCAGAGCCAGGAUGGAGCCCAGGCCUUGUACCUGCUUGGCAAACCCUCUGCACCAGACUGCUUCCCCAGUCCCUUCAGGUAUCGUUCUGUGUAAUUCUUCCUUCCACUGUCGUUCUGGAUAGAGUUCAUAGUGCUGAGGUCAGCUUCAGUUCCAGCUGAAAGGCUCUUAUUCUCCUUGUCCCAUCAGGCUUCUAUGUAUUCUGUGCAGGUGACACCAUAAGCAGCAUGUCAGUGUUACACUAAAAGUCAAAACUAGGUUCCUUAGGAAAAAGUAGAUGGCAGGGCAACAAAAUGAACAUUUCUGACUUUUUCAUAGUAUUUGGGAAAAGCAAUGUCUUUCAUUUCUGAUGCUUAAUGAUGUUUAAGAAAGAUGUCGUAUUUUGUGAAACCAGCAUUUUAUUAUUAAAGAUAUUUUUUAUUUUUUAAA